CCACCUGGGUGCGUGGCACGGUGUAUUAGUACUUAGCGUUCAACGUCAGGUCUUCCAGCUAGUAUUUUGUGUUUAAAAUGCAAAAUAUGACGGCGCAAAAUGUUCGAGUCUGAGUGAUGAGAGAGAAAAUAAUAACGAAUGCUUAACGAAUGCAAUUAAAACAGAACUUUUGAAAACGAAGCUCUGUUUGUAUGUUUUUUCUCAAUUCCGUCGUCAGUCUGUGACAUGCAAACGUGAUUUUAUUGUCCAUAAUUUCGUACGAUGGCUGUUAAAGAAUUUUUAUAAAAAUAUUUAGUUUUUAAAAAAAAUAAUUUUUCAAAAGAAACAACUCGCCCAAAAUAAAUCUAUCAAGUAAUGUUCAAGAUUGGACACAAAUACUUUGUGAUCACAAAUGUAUUUACUCCUGCUACUUGUUAGCGUAUUAAGUGCGCGUGGUGACACUACAAUCCGAUAUGCUGGCUGCCACAAGAUAGCAUCAAGAAAAAUCUGUCAGUUAGCCUCAAAAGAAGAAGCAAGUCAACAAAUGAAAAACAUAUCAACUUCUGUUGCAAAAGCUGUAGAAUGGUUAAGAAAACAACACAUACAGAAUUUGUGGUUUGAUGUGCCAACUUCUUCAUGGAUUCUGCAGUCUCUGCACCUGGCUGGCUUUGCACACGAAAAUAAACAUUGCAUGAAAACAAUUCAGAGUGCUAUGACACAAAUUGAUGCAGCGCCUAUUGAUGACUUUAUCAGUUUGUCUGGUGGAAAGUUGGCGCUUUUAAUGAUUGGAAUGAGAGCUUCUUGCAAAGAUGUGAAAAAUUUUAAACAGCGAAACCUAAUCAACAUUUUGAGAAAAAAGAUGUAUGCUUUUCCGAAAGGUGAAUUCGACAAUUUCUAUCAGUACUGUCUGGGUGUUAUUGCAUUGUACGUGAACGGACAAGAUAUACCAUCUGAAUUUGGGGAAGAGAUUUUGAGCAAUGUUUUGAUUGGACGGAAAGAUCAAGGCACGCGUAAAAUCUUAAAUCCGAACAAAAUGGCGGAAACUGAAGCGUUAUCUGUUAUUGCAUUGUCAGCCAUUGGUAAGCAGAAAUUCAUGUCACACUGGGUUCGAAAGCAUAUCUAUCGUGAACAAGAAAAAGCUGUUAAAAAGAUUAAUCAUAUCUUUCGUCGUCAUAAACCUGACAGUUUGAUGACGCAUGCGCACAUGAUGCAGGCUAUGCGGACUAUCAACGGUGAUAAGAUUACCCAACAUCCUUUCUGUGAAAAGAUAUACAACUGGAUCAUAUCCCAACAAAAUCAAGAUGGCUCCUUUGGUGGUGUUAUGGAAACAGCCAAUGUGCUGCUAGCAUUAAGUGAACGUUCUGUAUUGGAGUUACGGCACGUCAGUUGUCCAGAGAAAGAGUUCGGGACCAACAGAUUUGGAAAAGAAAAUUUAAAUUAUUAACGAAGUUAUGCAAAAAUCAUGAAAUAUCAUGAAUAUCUUUAACCUCGUUUUCAGAAUGUCUUGUCUAGAUUCGUUCUCAAGUUUAACAUGACGGCAAAAUGCCCUGGGAACGAGGUUACAAUAUCUUUAUAUGAAACGUGUUUGGUUAAAAUUACGUAGUGGAUAUUAUAUGGUAAAAAUGAUUUGAAGUGACAGAGAA